AAGUCAUUUUCCUUCCGAUCUCUCUCUCUCUCUCUCUCCGAACAACUGUUCAACAAUGGGAUCGCUGUCGCCGGCGAUCACCUCCAACCUUAUUCUUCCGGCCAAAACUGUUGAUCGCACUUUCUUCCAUGGACUGAUAGGCUCAGUUUUUGCUUGUCCCGGAGAUAGACCUAACAUGAUCCGGCUUUGCAAGAGAAGUCGUCGUUGUGUAGCAUUUGCAGGGAAGAAUCCAAUGUCGGCUAUUGAUUUUAGCGAUCCUGAAUGGAAAUCGAAGUUCGAAGAUGACUUCGAGAAGCGAUUCAACAUUCCUCACAUGCGUGAUAUUUUCCCUGACGCCGUUUCCUACCCCUCCACUUUCUGUCUCAGAAUGAGGACUCCAGUGAGCGAAGAAUUCGCAAAAGGGUAUCCUUCGGAUGAAGAGUGGCAUGGAUACAUCAAUAAUAACGAUAGGGUGCUACUUAAGGUUAUUCGGUAUUCCUCCCCAACAUCUGCAGGCGCUGAGUGUAUCGAUCCUGAUUGUACAUGGGUGGAGCAAUGGAUUCAUCGUGCUGGUCCUCGUGAGAAAAUAUACUUCAAACCAGAAGACGUGAAGGCUGCAAUUAUAACAUGUGGUGGACUCUGUCCUGGACUUAAUGAUGUCAUACGACAGAUUGUCAUCACCCUUGAGAUUUAUGGUGUGAAAAAGAUUGUGGGGAUUCCUUUUGGAUAUCGUGGAUUUGGCAAAGAAUUAGCUGAAAUACCAUUAUCUAGGAAGGUGGUUCAGAAUGUCCAUCUUUCUGGUGGAAGCUUGUUAGGAGUUUCUCGUGGAGGGCCGAAUGUCAGUGAAAUUGUGGACAGCAUGCAGGAAAGAGGGAUCAACAUGCUUUUUGUGCUAGGUGGAAAUGGAACACAUGCAGGUGCCAAUGCAAUACACAAUGAGUUGCGAAAACGAGGGUUGAAGGUGGCAGUAGUUGGUGUUCCCAAAACUAUAGAUAAUGAUAUUCUGCUGAUGGACAAGACAUUUGGUUUUGAUACUGCUGUCGAGGAAGCACAAAGAGCAAUAAAUUCUGCGUAUAUUGAGGCACAUAGUGCUUAUCGUGGUGUUGGAAUUGUAAAAUUGAUGGGGCGUAGUAGUGGUUUUAUAGCUAUGCAAGCAGCUCUUGCUAGUGGGCAGAUUGAUAUAUGUUUGAUUCCUGAGGUACCCUUUGAGUUGCAUGGACCUCAUGGCGUUCUAAAACAUCUUAAGUAUCUACUUGAGACAAAGGGAUCAGCGGUCAUCUGUGUAGCAGAGGGAGCUGGUCAGAGCUUUGUCGAGAAAACAAAUGCUAAGGAUGCAUCUGGGAACACUGUACUUGGGGAUAUUGGUGUUCAUAUACAACAGGAGAUAAAAAAAUAUUUCAAGGAGAUUGGUGAUCCAGCUGAUGUAAAAUACAUUGAUCCUACAUACAUGAUCCGCGCCUGCCGAGCAAAUGCAUCAGAUGGAAUUCUCUGCACUGUGCUGGGUCAAAACGCUGUGCAUGGGGCAUUUGCUGGAUACAGUGGCAUCACAGUAGGUAUAUGCAACACCCACUAUGUCUACCUUCCUAUUCCUGAAGUCAUUUCUUAUCCGAGGACCGUGGACCCAAACAGCCGAAUGUGGCAUCGUUGCUUGACGUCUACCGGCCAGCCUGAUUUUAUCUAAUCCAAAAAUUAUACUUGUUGUUAUUUAUACUUGAAAUUGACACAAAGGGUAGGUCCCAAGAGGAUUCUAGUUUGGUUCCAUCACUGGAUUGGGAGAAAUAAGACAGAGCAGAGCAGUCAUGAUUUAGAAAUAGGAUGGUUUAUGGAGCAAUAAAACUAGGGAUCAAAGAGUAUUUUAGAGUUGGUUUUUUGGGGACUAAUUCUUAUUCAUGAGUUAAAUUUUGUUUAUUGUUGUAAGGGAUGGGAACCAUCUCUGGAUGCUGCUGCUGCUGCAUGCAGGCCUUAUCCUUUUUUGGUAU